AUGCUCAGACGUAGAUCAAGAAUUCUACUAGUAUCGAUCAUUCUUAGUGGAUGUAUCCUCAUACUAUACAAUGUAUUGAAAUACAAUGAGUUUGAAGUAGAGAUUGAAAGUUCAGUUAUCAAUUCCUCAUCAUUUUUCAAAUUUUAUAACAAGAAAACUACACCAUUUCUGGAAACAAAUGCUGCUAAACAAACAGAAAUGAAUUUAAAUAUUAAUAAUUUUGAUAAUUUACCUUUAGAUAAGCAAUUAUCAUUGAUAAGUCAAUAUACUGAAUCAUAUUCUGCUGAUAAGUUGGAAUUUUUCGAGAAAAUAUUCGAUAACUUCUAUGAAAAUAAACCUAGUGUGGUAGAUUUAAGUACUUAUCAUAGUGAUGAAAGAAUUUAUCAUGCUAGAUAUAAUUCCAAAGAUGAUGAUAGUGAAGAUAAUAGAAUUGUUUUCAAUGAAGCAUACUUAUCAUCAUUUUUACAACUUGAUGAUGAUGAAUUAAAGGCUAUGAAAAAGUCUCAUAGUAAUAUAAUAAAGAAUAUUCCAAAACUGGCCCCUAAGAAUUUUUAUAGAAAGAAUGGGAUCGUUUUUGUUGGGGGUGGGAAAUUUAAUUUUUUGACAUUAUUAUCAAUCAAACAUAUUAGAGAUUUAGGUUCAAAAACUCCCAUUGAAGUUUUAAUUCCAACAUUAGAUGAAUUUGAAUCAAAUUUAUGUUUUAAAGUGUUCCCUCAAUAUAAUGCCAAAUGUUUGGUAAUGCCACACAUCUUAAACCAAUAUUCCGAAGGAGAUAAUGUGUUUAAGAAGUUUGAAUUCAAAGGGUAUCAAUAUAAAGUAUUAGCAUUAUUAUUAUCAUCAUUUGAGAAAAUCUUAUUUUUAGAUAGUGAUAAUACUCCCACACAAAAUCCUGAUAGCUUAUUUGAAUCUGAGCCAUUUUCGAGUCAUGGACUCAUAGUAUGGCCCGAUUUUUGGAAAAGAGCUACUUCUCCAACUUAUUAUGAUAUUGCAGGUAUCAACAUUGAUAAGACAAAAUUCUUACCUCGUUAUAAUGAAUUGAUUAAUGAUUAUGAAAAUAUUGAUUACUCCAAAUUUAAACCUCAAGAUAUACCUUUCCAUCAAUAUAAAGGAGCUAUACCAGAUCCAACUAAUGAAUCAGGUCAAUUAAUGAUUAACAAAAAGACUCAUUUGAAUGUUCUUAUUUUAGCAUUAUAUUAUAACUUAUUUGGGCCUUCUCAUUAUUAUCCGUUAUUUUCUCAAGGAAGUGAUGGUGAAGGUGAUAAAGAAACGUUCUUAGCAAGUUGUGUGGCCUUGAAUUGUAAAUUCUAUCAAGUAAAGAAAUUUUUGAAAGCUAUGGGAUACUUCAAUCUGAAUUUGAACUUUGUUGGUACAGGUAUGGGCCAAUAUAAUCCUGUUCAUGAUUAUAGAAAUGAAAAAUUACCUGAAGAUCAAAAACAUGAUGAUUUAUUAUUCAUUCAUUCAAAUUUCCCUAAAUUGAAUCCAUGGGAUCUUAAAGUCAAGGGUAAGUUGAUGGAUAAUGGUGAACGAUUAAGACUUUAUGGUAAUGCUAUUAAAUUAUCAAUUGGUUAUGAUUUCGAAAAAGUUCAAUGGCAAAAUAUGAAAUAUUUCCUUUGUGAUUUGAAGGUCAAGGUAGCUAUCUUCAAUGAUGUUGAGAAAGAUGACUUAUGUAAGGAAAUUGAAGAUCAAUUGAGUUUCUUAACCAGUACUACUCAUUUAACCAAAGAUGCUUUUUAG